GCUUAAUAUCUCCAUCUAGUGGGAAUUGUGUAAUUCGACAGGAUUUCGCAAUCCGUCCACAUUUCGUUCACCACAACGCUGUCGUGAGUUCUUCAUCGUUUAUGCUGAAGAUUUUCACCACGAUGGGUAGAAGGCGCAAAAAGGUUCACUUUGGAGGAGAUCGACGUGACAAGGGGCAUUAUAGUAAUAUUGUAAAGGAAAAUCAGAAGUAUGUGGACUAUUACAAAGCGCAAGAAUGUUUCCCGGAGAGCGAAUUUGACGACUUUUUGGCGUCCAUGAGGCAGCCUUUGCCAGCGGUUUUCCGGAUUACCGGGUACAAAGAACAUGCUAAACAACUCCUAAGAAAAAUGAAAGAGAAUCAUUUCUCAGGUAUCGCCGAUAUCAAAUUAGAAAAUAAUGAAGUUAUUAAAAUACCAAGACCUUUGACAUGGUAUCCCGAUGAAUUAGCUUGGCAAACGAAUCUCAGCCGAACACAAAUUCGUAAAGUUCCUGAGUUGGAAAAAUUCCAUAAUUUUUUGAUCACUGAAACUGAGAGUGGGCAUGUCACCAGACAAGAAUCUGUGAGCAUGAUUCCACCAUUGCUUUUAGACGUAAAGCCCCAUCAUAAGAUCUUGGAUUUAUGCGCAGCUCCGGGUUCAAAAACUGCACAACUUAUAGAAAUGUUGCACACAGAUGAUGGCGAUGACAGCCUAAGUAAAGGUCUAUGUAUCGCUAAUGAUAAAGAUAACAAACGAUGUUAUAUGCUUGUCCAUCAAAUAAAUCGAUUAAACAGCCCUGUUUCGAUGGUCGUUAAUCAUGAUGGCUCUCAAUUUCCAUCGUUGGAAAUUAAAAAUGAAGAUGGCACAAUGUCACCAUUAAGAUAUGAUCGUGUUUUAGCGGAUGUACCGUGCUCCGGUGAUGGCACAAUGCGUAAAAACACAGACGUUUGGAAAAAGUGGACUGUCAGUAAUGGGUUAUAUUUACAUGGUUUACAAGCUCGUUUAUUACAGCGCGGACUAGAACUUCUUGCCACUGGAGGCAGGAUAGUGUAUUCUACAUGCUCGUUAAAUCCUAUUGAAGAUGAAGCGGUCGUCGCAAAUAUGCUAACAAAAUGUAAAGGAUCAGUAGAGCUAAUUGAUGUGAUGGACGAACUCAAGGGUUUAAAAUGGAGCCCGGGGAUUUCAAAAUGGCGGGUGUUAGAACGUGAUGGUACUUGGUAUAAUAAUCACACUGAAGUACCUGAGACAAAAUCUCACAUACGACCGAGUAUGUUCCCACCUGAAAACGCAGAAAACCUCAACUUGGAGCGAUGUAUGAGACUUCUACCUCAUCACCAAGACACUGGCGGAUUCUUCGUAGCUGUUUUAAAAAAAGUGGAUAAAUUACCAUGGGAAAAAGACAGAGAAAUCAUUGCCAAAAAGCCAUUAAAAGAGGAUGAAAACAAAGAACAGAAUACCGAAGCCCCUCCGGCGAAGAAAAAAAAAUGGGGCGCUGGUUUCAAAGAGGAUCCGUUUAUAUUUUUCAAUGAUUCUGAUAAAGAAAUUACAUCUCAGAUUAAGUCAUUUUACGCUUUGAAAGAUGAAUUUCCAGAUACCCAGUUGUUAUCUCGCACAAGCGCAGAAAAAAAGCGACAUAUUUAUAUGGUUUCAUCUCUUGUUAGGAAUAUCAUUACUAAUAACCCCGAUCGUUUGAAACUUAUUAAUUCCGGAGUUCGAGUAUUUAGUAGAAGCGACAAUAACCAACCAAAUUUGAAAUGUGCAUUUCGAGUCGCACAAGAUGGCAGCGAAGUUAUGGAACCGUUCAUGCAGAAAAGAGUUGUUGAUAUAAAAAUUGACGACACGAUACUUCUUUUGUGUGAAGAACAACCAGAUUAUGAAACUUUGUCGGAAUAUUUGAUCAACCAACUCAAAGAUUUGGAUCCGGGUAGCAUGGUGUUCAAGUAUGUUCCUGAAAAUGAUUCUGUGGCCGUGAGAUGCAAGCUAUUAAUGAGCGGAUGGAGGGGGAAAAAAUCUGCAAGAUUGUACAUGAAUAAGUAUGAAAGAGCUCAUUUUUUGAAUCUAAUUGGACAUGAAAUACCAGAAAUGUAUCUCCCAAAUAAAAAUAAUCGAAGAAAGAGAGCAGAAAACUCUGACGAAACUGGCAACAGUACCCCUAAUGAUGGCGCUACAGAUGAGAAUUCAGCUGUGGAAACAGAAGUAGCCGCAAGUACCGACCAAAAUGUUGCUGACGGUUCUGACAAGAAUGGACAAAAUGGUGAAGGAAAUGGAGAAGUACUCAGUAAGGAAGAAGCUGCUACUGCAUAAAAUUGUGGCAUAUUGAAGUUGCAAUUCUCAUUUUAUGGAGUCCGCAUGAGAUAUGUGCAAUGUAAUGACCAAAAUGUCUCACUUUAUUGACCAUAUUGAAUUGUUGAAACAGAACCUAUACAAGCUUUAUUGAGCAACCGUCCGACUUUACUUGAGCAAACUUGUCGAAAACAAAAAUGGACGGAUAAAAUUAGAAGAAACACUGAGUGUUCAUUUACAGUAGUCAAGUUGAAUUGUCGAGAUUAAAUCAGAACGCUUUAUUGGGUGCUUCUUUAAACUAUCUGCCUUUACUUUGAUCAAACUUGCGGAAAAUGAAGAAAAUGAUGGACUAAGAAACACCGGGCAUUCAUUGACAUUGGCUAGAUUGCAUCGUCAAGCUUUACUUAUUUAAACUAAACAGGAAAACUUCCACAGUUUUAAAUCUCCAAGUACCAAAACAGUUUUGUCAAUGUUCUUGUUGGAUCACCGAAAAAAGCAAAAUUCUGAUUUCGCUUUAAU